UGUACUUGUUUUUGUAGUGCUUCCCUGUACCAUGUGUACUGCGCCUCUGCUCUGCCCACACUGGUAAUGAUUAUGUGUUUGGAUACCUACUGAGUACUGUAGCACUGACUGAUGUCUAAUACAAUACCAUGACCGCACCAUCAUGGCUCUACUGACUGUGUGGUCUGGAUUAUUACUGUAUUAGUGUUAGUAUUACUAUUAGCGUGGCCAGAUAUCAUAAUCGGCAUGCGCGCAGCGGAGCAUUUCCGCUCCCGAGAGCACCGCCGCCUCGCAACAGCAGAACUGACUGUAGUGUAGAUGUGGCGUAUCGAUUGUGCAAGACUUCGCCUGCACUGCAGUGUAUGCCUAGCGGGCGCACUGGCACAGCGGUGCCGGUGGUACUGCAGAAAACUGGGCAGGAGAUGGUUAUGUGGGACACCAAAACUGACGUGUAGACUCUACGUAUACGUCGUCCGUGUUGGCCUUGACAGCACCCAAAUCCAAGAAGUAGACCCAAUCAUCGAUGCGCUCAGUGUGCCGUUCUCGGCACUGCACUGGGCAGAUGUGGAGCUGCUAGUAAGUGCUAGCUGUUGACUGUUGUGUGACUGAAUGUCGGGUAGGUGUGAUCCGCCUCCGCCAUGCCUUAGCGCCACGCUCCGCUGUGCUCACUGGUUCAGUCUACGCAGCAAGAGAAGCAGAACGGCGGAGGAAGUGCAGGUGUGUGUACGCACUCGCUAGUGGAGAACCGAACACGGAAGACGGGGGACGAAGCUGUCGUUCUCCAGUUUUUCUCUCUCGCCCCCUGAAAGGGAUUUAUGAUUGCAGAACAAAUAAUUCAGUAGCGUCUCAAAGUGACAGGGAAGUCUAGACUGCCAUGGCUUGUUCCGGGGCAGCACGACAGCAACGGCGACCAGAAGAGCACUCUAGUGUGACUGGCAGUACGACGAGUGGAGUGGUUGUGCGAAAGAACAACGGCCAGACACGUUCGCAGCAGAAGGCGGCAAUAGGAGCAGCAGCUUUCCACCGCGGCAUGUCGACCUACAAUCCAACCAUUACCCAGCGGUAUGAUGUGUUCGUACCAGAGCGCUCGCGAGGGGACGACUCUGACGAGCGUUCGGGCUCCGCCGUCAACGGCUGUUCGUUCAUGUUGCCGAACAUCACGAGCUUGGAGCGUUCGUUCUCGGGCACCGUGUGGCAUGACUUGGUAGACUCGCUGACAAUGGAAAUGCUACAGAGGCGAGACCGCCUGAACUGGCUGAGCCGCCACGCCGUGCGUGCUUGCCUGCUGAUACCGCUGCAGACGACGGGCGACGGGAACUGCCUGCUUCACGCGGCCUCGCUGGCGAUGUGGGGACACCACGAUCGGUUCCACGCUCUGCGUCGCGCCGUGCGACUGACGCUGGAAGGACAGCCCAUCCGCAAGGACCUCCUGGCGGCGAUUCACCCGAGCAGCGCGAGCCCGAGCGUGUCUAGCGAGUACGAGGCGAAAGCGAUGGCGGCGUCCAUACACCGUCGCUGGCUGUGGCAGGCAAACAACCACAACAUGGAGAGCUGCGGUGGCUUCUCCCUGACGUCUGAUCAAUGGGCUGGGGAGUGGAAGUCUGUUUUGGAAUUCUGCUCUUCAGAGGACAACAGUCGGCAGAAUGAUGGUAGUCCUGUCUACCAUCCACUGGAGGAGAUACACAUAUUUGCACUGUCACAGGUACUGCGUCGGCCCAUCGUGGUGCUGGCGGACAAGCAUGCGUACGGUGCCACAUCCGGUGCCAUCUCACCAAUCUACUACAGCGGUAUCUACCUUCCUCUGCUGAUACCAGCUGAUCAGUGUUAUCGAGCUCCCGUCCUCCUUACUUACCUGCACUCGCAUUUCUGUGGCUUGGUUGCCAUGGACACGAAGCGUCUCUCCUCCGUGUGGACGGCGCCCAAGCAGCUCUCUCGCACCACCACUGACAAACUGUACAGUGUGGAUAUCAAUGAUGUACACAACAUCGUUCCAUUGGAGAUGCCGGAUGGGGGCAUGCUGGAGCUACAGUUCUCCAUGGAUCCCGGCGAGGGGUUCUGCCCCAGCAAACAGUAUGGAACAGACAAGAUGCCGCGUGGCAUCUGGAACUCAUACAGAAAGUCCGAGCAAAGCUCCACCAAACAGGAGCUGCUCUGCAAGUACAUGAACUUGGUCAAGAUCACCACACCGAAUGCCGGUGGUCGACGAUGUGCUGUAAACACCGAUACUCCAGACGGGCAGCCAGUACGUUACUUCCCGUCCAGUGAUUCGUCAGGUAAUCGUCUCAUACUAGCUGCGCAGCUUGGGCCCAGUGACAAGCCACCUGGAUAUUCCCAGUUUGUCCGUGACUAUCUCAGUGCAAGAGUGAGCGAGUUGUCUACAGCUAAGUACGACGAGGUCAGUGAUUUAGCUACCAGGAUGUUGAGUACUGCUCUGGAAGAGUAUAAGAACUAUGCCAAGGCUCCUCACCCGCGCGUUACAGUACAGGCGAUGGCACCGGUACACUCGCCGAAGCUGUCGUCAUCCGAACAGUCAACAGGCUCUGCACAGCAGGCAGGUACAGGUACGGGUGUGGCGGGUGCUGCAGGAUCGACGACGAAAGUAGCACCUCCAAGACCUGCUGCAUGGGCAUUGUCGAAGUCGCCGCAAUCAGAUCACACCGCCACCACUAACGGCAGCAAUGGCAAAGUGCAGCAAGGCGCCAAUCAACGUGUUGCCUUGCCAAAUGGUCACUCCUCGACGACGGCGUUAAAUGCAGCAUCACCGUCAGCGGAGCUGAGGGUUAACAUGCCUCCCGCGAUAAAUGGCAGCAACAACAACGACCGGGUGGUCGCCGCUCCGAGAGCGAAAGGCACCGCCACCACCACGACCGCUGCGGGCUUCCCGUCCAAGCAGACGCCGUCGUGGCUGGAGUUUGAACAGACCAACGCACCGCCACGUCUGCCACCCGCACCGCCCACGUCAACCACUGCAUCGACCAUGGCCUCAACCUCGACAGGACCACGGCAGAGGAAUACGGGCAAUGGCGAUGCGGAGAGCAAUGGCCGCUCUGUGUUCGGCAAUAAUGACCUUGCACUGGAUCUCGACACAAAGGUGAACGUAGGCCAUAAGAGGUUGCAGGAUGACCGGCAUCAGCAGAGGCAUGCACCUGACGUGCACACUACGGCGAGAAACAUUACAGGUCGCUUAGCAACCAACGGAUUGUCACAUGAUACCAAUAGUUCCAUCAGUACUAGACCAGACGACGCGAUACCUGCCCAUUCCGGUUAUGUUCCCAUGGCCGCAAUCCAAGGCCAUUCCACAAGCCGUGGUAUGUCUACUACGGAUAUAGAGCAGCAGGCUGCCGUGAGGCGUCCACAUCGUCCGCGAGCCGGGUCCUUGCCGACCACUACGGCGGCAGGUCCAAUGAAAGUUGUGACUGCGUCUCAUUCGGUAGCCAUGGGGACGACGACAACAACGUCACGUGCCGGCAAGCUGGAGGUGAGCUCGACGAGUCGUCAUCCACCGCCAGCCAAUCAGCAUAAUCGGCCGCACCUGGGUGCCGUACCGCUGACUGCUGACUUCACACGCAAUAUGAUCCUGCAGAACCGCGUCCGCCACGGCACAGAUCAAGUCGACUCAGGCAGCGCCCCUCACCUGCCCAAUUCAUCGUUGCAGAACCCAUCGGACCGCGCCGAGAAUGCGGUUUACCAGAACGUACCUGCAACAACACGACGACGGCCUCCUGUGCCGAAACGAGACACGAAUAUCUUACUGCCACUGGAGACGUCACCAGAACUGCCGAAAGACGGGCCCAGGGGCCUUGGACACUAUCACACGACAGCAAGAGCAGCAGCAGCACAGGCACCUGCGGUUGGUGCCAAGCCCGUGCUGGGUGCGCAGUCUCGCGGCAACGCGACGUCCUCGCAAUACUGCACGUCGUGUGGCAAUCCGCGUUCCGUUCGAACGAUGACCUGCUCCGAGUGCUUCCAACACUGGCAAAGGCAGGCACAUUGACACAUUGAGACAUUGACACAUUGAGGCCGGUCUUCCGUCACUAUGUCCUCGCUAUGCAGUCAUGGCAGGUGUACGCACAUGUCUGCUUUGAUGAUGAGUGACAUUUGUUAGAAUGGCUCCAGCGUUGGGCGAAGACGAGCGGACAUAAUAUUAGGAGUGAGUAGACAGAUUCACUGCAGUAUAAGUUCUCACAGACUGUUGACAUGCUGCUUUGCAGCUUACAUCUCCAUACAGCAGUAUUUACCAUGGUCACCAUUGCACCAGUACUGUUCAAAAUACAGUUAUCAUCGUUUGUGCUCGACAUGUUUGGCCGGCUUCAUCUUACAUUGGCUUAGCAGUACACGCAAUUAUCUAUAUUGAAUUUGAUUGUUGAUGUGGCAAUAUCUGAAGUUGACCUGCACAAAACAUCCGUGGGUCACUCGUGAAAUGCCCCUAAAGAAUUAUUUGAAAUUAUUUUGUAGACUGCCGUAGAAUGCAUUUAUCAUAUUAUUUUCUUCUGUCCCCAACUCUUGUCUACUUUUGUCUCCCUUGUUUCGUUCCCGUUUGAAUUUGUAAUGUCACUCUUCUUCUCCAUCUACGCAGCUACAGUAUUUAUCUUGUUGUUUGUAUCCGUAAAAAUCUCUCAAAAUGUCAAAUAGUGUCAGAACUGGCAGCAAUAGUUGCAGCAGUAUUUUA